UGUCAGAAACCUCUGCUUUUUUAGCAGCAGUCACAUUUUCUGAUCAUCAGUUAAUCAAGUGCAUUUGUCUGUACGAGUCUCCUACAGAAGCAUCACUAAUUCCCAUCUCAUCAUCUGCAACCAUGAACAUGCUGACUGUGUGUGCACUGGUUUGUACCAUAGUGGCUCUGGCUGGAUCUGCUGUUCUCCCAGAGACAAAGGCUGAAAGCAAUGAAACAGCAAAGACUCACCUGAUCAAGAGGUCCCUCAGUUGUGGUGGUUGGUUGGAAUUCAAUCAGCGUUGUUUCUACUACAUUGCGAAACCAAUGUCUUGGGCUCUCGCUGAGAGAAGCUGCAUGUCCCUGGGAGGUCACCUUGCAUCAGUGCACAACUUCAUGGAGUACCACGAGCUUCAGAGGCUCAUACUGCAUUUCAGUCAUGAGUACAAAGAAACCUGGAUUGGUGGCUCUGAUGCACAGCAGGAGAACCAUUGGAUUUGGAGCGAUGGCACCAUGUUCCAAUAUACCAACUGGUGUCCUGGAGAGCCCAGUAACUAUGACCAUCAACAGCACUGCUUGCAAAUGAAUUAUGGAGGUGGAAAGUGUUGGGAUGACGUGAGUUGCUACGAAGAAAGACCUUCUGUCUGUGCCAGGAAGAUGUGAUGAAUCCUGGACUCAGCAGUGACACAGGACGGCAUGUCUUUGUGUCAUCAGCAUCAAAUAUUGGCUUUAAUCUUUUUUCUUCUUCAUUAUCGUACUAUCGCUGUAAUGCUACUUAAGGAAGGAUGAGACAAGAAUUGGAAAAUGAAGGUGGCUCAUGUCUUUAAUAA